AUGGUAUGUAGCAGUGGUUCGAUAUUGAUGGGCAAUUUGAGCAGUCCAGAACCAAUCGCUGGCAAAGUUUCAACAGCAACAGCUACAGAUACUAUCCUUUCGACGCCAGCGUCGAAAAUCACUCAACUUCCUUCCAGUGGACUAAUCAAACGAUCUUUUUCAAGACUGAAACAGGUGAAAGAGCUCCUCAACACAGAAAGGGUUUAUAUUCAGUCACUAGAAAUUCUCAGGUCCACUUAUCUUCAAGGGAUUAUGGCCGAUCUUGAGACACCUCUUUAUUUCAGAACGUUCAAAAGAGUCGUGGCCAAGUUGAUCCAUACCCAUACAAUUUUUUUGAAUAAGGUUAGCUCCAUCUAUGUCAUAUGGGGUAAGCAUACGAGCAGUGCCUUGCAGGAACCCGCUAUAGCGUCUCCCGACUUUGAAACUUUCCAGGUUCCUUUCAAUGAGACUCCUUAUCUCGAGCAAAUCUUUACGUUGGUUUCCGAGGAUGCUAUUGAUGUCACCAGUUAUUGUUCAUACUGUUCACUUUUCAGCAGGGUCCUUGAGUUCUGCAAGGAUAAAAAUGUUGAUAAGUACAAGCGUCUUUCCAUCAAAAUCAAAAACGAUUAUUUGGUCAAACAUAUAGACUCCACAAGGGCCGAGUAUGUGGUGGAUCAAUCUUUGGAUAUAAGAUUUAUCUCUUUGAUUCAAAUGCCAACUGCCAGAUUCACUAGGUACGCCCUUAUCAUAAGGUCUUUAAUGGAUAAAGUCCGGCAAGAUGAUCCUGAUGGCGAACUGUUCGGUAAAGGUCAAGAAGUAAUCGAUUGUCUCACAGAAAAGUGUCUUUCUAUUAACUCGUACAUCGGUUUCGCACAGGAGAAACAGAACAAACUUCGCCUCUUCAAGCAAUUGUCUAACGGGGCGGUAGAGAAGUUGAUGGGACCCAUUUUCCCAGAGAACCUCGGUGCCGCAAUUUUCUCAGGAGGUUGUGGUACCGUUUGGAUAGAGGACAACGUCGUUGUAUACGAAUAUGUCGGUCUAUUUCUUUUCGAUACUCACAUUUUGAUUACUAAACCACAUCAUUUUGGUCAACCUCAAGUUAGAUUCAUUAUACCAAUUUCUUCUUUAUUGAACAGCUUUCAAAGAGAGGAGAUUGAAGUCACACGCCUUUUCACUCGGUAUCCAUUCCACCUAAAACUCAGGUUCGAGGAGAAUUAUAGGCAAUACGAAGUGGUCCUUAUCUUACCCAGUGAAUACGAGAAGAGUAUUUGGAUAUCGAAAAUCAAGAAACGGGUACGUAAGUGGAGAAAGAGAAUUUCUGAUACCGAGUUUGGAUACUCUGAUUUCGUGAGAAGUCGUCCUUUCACCGAGUCUGGUUCAAAGCCAUUUGUGUUCUCCGGUCAUCUUCCCAACCAACUUGGAUAUUACAAGGAGAAGGAAGGAGAAUAUAAUGAAGAAUUGGAAAAAACUCACAUAUUUGUGGUCAGACACUUCCUCACUCGGAUAAAUGAAUGUGAUCAGGAUGAUAUUAUCAGUUCUGCUCAGGAAAUCAAGCAUGUUUCUGCUGUACUGGUCAGCGUUCGCAGAGAUCAUCGUACUUUCAUGGAAAAGUCAAUUGGAAGUCUAUGGUCUAAGGAGCUUCCGUUAUACCACCUUGAAGGAGGAAGGUUGUCAAGAAGCGUAUCUGCAAUAAGUUUGAGAAAGAUGAUAAGUGAGGAGACUCAAUCAAUCUUCUCCAAGUUCACUGCUGAUGAUCGUGGAAACGAUGAUGAUGAGAGAAAGGAAACAAAGCAUCAUGUUCGAUUCCAUCAGUCUCUUCGGGAACUUAAAAACAUCAUUCUUCCAUUUCCAUCGCUCGCACCAAACCCCGCAAUGAACUUCCGUGAUGAUAAGGCAAGGCUCCGAGGGAGAAAUCAAGCUAAAGGUAGCUGGAGUGUAGUCCGAGGAAUGAUGGGAUUGAGCACAAGAAAAUGA